UGUCAGCGCUGAGAACCCACAACGCAUGCGUUCAUCACUAGUCGCUAAUACGGUGGUUAAGUCAGGCUGGGGGAUUCUGUUUGUAUUCAGCCAAAGAGGAAGACAUAGACAUCUAGUUUGGACCAUCAUUGUGUACUACAAGAAAAUCAUUCGGCGGCUCCAAAAAGAAGAUCCACCCUCUUUCCCUUUAUUUGUCCACACCCUUGAAACAACGACAAUCUGAGAAGCAAAAACGCAGCUCCUAAAAAAAAAAUAAAAAAUACAUUACUGUACGAGCUACAAAGCGGACAUAGAAGCGAAUUUCCGACACAGCUUUUGUAUUAUUAAACUGAGUUCUCAGGUUUGAGGAUGAGGCUGACAAGAAACAGCAGACGGUGCUCAGCAGUAGGUGGAGAUGGGAGGAAGGAGCGGGCUCCCCCAUUCAGGAACCCCUUUGUGCAUGACAUACGAUUCACUCUACUGCAGAAAGUCCAGAUUGCAGUAAUGACAGUGACGCUGUUUCCUAUCCGCCUCUUCUUCGCUGCUUUCAUGAUGUUGCUGGCCUGGCCCUUCGCAUUCCUCGCCUCCAUGGGGCGCUCAGAAAAAGUCAUAGAGCCUCUCUCGUGGUGGAGAAAAGUCUUUGAUUUUCUGCUCAAAGUAAUAAUGCGUGCAAUGUGGUUUGCUGGGGGGUUCCACUGGAUGACUGUGAAGGGACGUCAGGCGCUGCCCACGGAGGCUCCGAUCCUGACGCUUGCACCACAUUCCUCUUACUUCGACGCCAUUCCUGUCACCAUGACCAUGGCCUCUAUCGUAAUGAAGGCGGAAAGCAAGGACAUUCCAGUUUGGGGAACCUUGAUCAAGUACAUUCGUCCAGUGUUUGUCUCACGUUCAGAUCAGGAUUCCCGGAAAAAAACGGUUGAAGAGAUAAAGAGGAGAGCCCAUUCAGAAGGAAAAUGGCCUCAGAUAAUGAUAUUCCCUGAGGGAACUUGCACCAACAGGUCCUGUCUGAUCACAUUCAAGCCUGGGGCAUUUAUUCCUGCAGUCCCUGUGCAGCCUGUGGUGCUCCGUUACCCCAACAAAAUGGAUACAAUCACAUGGACCUGGCAGGGGCCUGGAGCGUUUGACAUUCUAUGGCUUACUUUGUGCCAGUUACAUAAUGUUGUGGAAAUUGAGUUCCUACCAGUCUAUACCCCAUCUGAAGCAGAAAAGAAGAAUCCAGCUUUAUUUGCCAACAAUGUGAGAUGCUUGAUGGCAAAGGCUUUGGAGGUUCCAGUUACAGAUUACUCAUUUGAGGACUGCCAGCUAGCAAUGGCCGAGGGCCAGCUGAAGCUUCCAGCGGAGACUUGCCUCCUGGAGUUUGCCAAACUUGUCAGAAGACUCAGCUUAAAGCCUGAGAAGGUUGAAAAGGACCUUGAGGAGUAUGGGGAGAGUGCCAGAAAGACCAAAGGAAAAAGGCUUGACCUGGAGGGGUUUGCCUCCUAUUUGAACCUCACAGUGUCAGACACUCUGAAAGAUAUGUUUGCUCUAUUUGAUGAGAACGAGGAUGGCACAAUGGAUGCCCGGGAGUAUGUGAUUGCCUUAUCUGUAGUAUGCAAACCUUCUAAAACCCUUGAAACAAUAAAACUAGCCUUUAAGAUGUACGAGUCAGAACAAGAUCAAACGAUUUUAGAAGAACAUUUAGCCUGCAUUCUGAAGACUGCCUUAGGAGUAUCAGAACUGAAUGUAACAGAUUUGUUCAGAGCAAUUGAUAUUUUGGAGAAAGGAAAAAUCACUUUCGACGACUUCAAUGACUUUGCAGAACAGAGGCCUGACUUUGCAGAGGAGUACCUCUACCCAGACCAGACACGUUUCCAAAGCUGUGCACAGACCCCGUCAGGCCUGAUUGCAAACGGCUUCUGCACAGACUUCAGCCCCGAGGACCAAUACGAGGAGGAAAGGAGGCCCCUGCGGAAAAAACUUAACUGACUGAUUACAAAACAUGCCUGUGUCUCCUCUCCUGGUGAGAGUAAAAAGGCUUAUGCCAAGAGUGUGCUACAUGGUCACUCAGACAUAUGUGGGAAUAACUUAACUGUGUGGACAUGCUACUUCCCACACCCCCUUAUAUUUAUCAUCAUUUCCAAAUUGUUUUUCUUGUCGCUUGAAAUGUUACAAUUUUUUUCUUUUCAAAUGCUAUUUAAAAAAAAAAAAAAAAGGAAUCUGAAAGCCACAAAAAUGUGAAUGUGAUUCAUCUGUAAAAGUACAGUUGAAGGCAAACCAAGCACCUAUUUAUUGUAUUUGUAUUUGUUUUCUUUUUAUAAUUAUUAUUUUUUUAGUUGUAGACUGCAUGCUUUAACUCACAAAAUCAAGUGUGUGUGGGGGGGGGGGGGGGGGGGAGUUUUUAGUGUUUAGUGCACCUUAUUUAGUGAUUUUAUAGUGGUGUUUUCAUUUUAUGAGGUUUAUUUUUUUGUUAGCUUAACUAGUUUUCGAGAAGCUUUUGAAAACAGAAAAAGGUGUUUGCGUAGAAUUGUCUUGAAAUGCUCUUUUCAAACAUUAGGCUAACAAACAGUGGUUUGACAAAAUGUCCUAUAGCACACACUAUAGUGUAAAGGAGUAGGGCCUUUUAUAACUAACUGAUGGUUUUUGGUUACUGACUAGUUCUCAUGAUUGAUCGGAUUUCCAUAAGCAAGCAGCCUAUGAGCCAGUCUAAAAUGGAGUUCAGGGAAUCGGAUAAUGAAAGACUGUAAGAUGGGAAAUAGAUGAGCUGUACAUUUGAGAAACACAAAUGCAAUUAAUCUCUAUACAAUAUAUACACAAUUUCCAGGUUGUGUGUGAUCAUUGGCUUAACUGUGAUGCUUUAAAGCUAAACCUACUGGAAGUUAUGUUCAUCUUAACCUUAAAUGUGAAGGAAACUUCCAUAUAUGAAAAUCCUCGGUGGAUAAAAAAAAAAAAAAAACAUUCAGUUACGUAAUUUAUAUGUUCUUGGCAAAGACCAAAAUCUCACCAAUGUUGUUGUGUUUUUUUUUUGUUUGUUUGUUUUUUGUUUUUUAUUCACAUAUGUGGACCUUGUUCUGUUGAGAUACAAACUGAUUUCUCAGCCUGAAUAUGUUAUCUACAUUUGUCAACAGCAUGACUUCGCAUUGAACUGAUCUACUUGCUAAGUUCUCCAUGCCUUACAGUAAGAAUUAAGAUUUCAGUUACAAAACUGUCCAGCUUACUGUAAAAUCAGUUUGCAAAUGAAUGAUUACAUUGGCAUUUUAUUUCCUGUACAUAGCAAUGCUUGGGGGUAGUGUUUUGUUCUUUUGUUGCAUUUACUAUGGAAAGGGAAAAUGCAUAUCCUUGCUACUUUACUGAUAACUGAGCUUCAGUAGGUAACUACGUUCCUUUUGCAUCUCCUUCCUUGGUUUUCCCUGGAGCAAAGCAAUAAGAUCUUAAAGUGCAGCAAAGUGAUAUAUUACAGGUCCCAAAAAGCAUCAGCCAUUGACAAUUUCAGUUGGCCCUUUUUACUUUUUUAUUUAAAAACCACUGUAUAUUCUGUCUGCACAUGAUUAAGGAUACAUAAAAAAAAAAACAGCAUACUAAUUUGGAUACAUAAAAAAGUAUGGUUGUAUGCAUAGAUUGCACAUAGUUCAACCAAAGUGGGAUACUAUGAACACAAACUGGGUCCAGAACUUUUACUGCAGAAUGCACUGAUGCAUCCCCUUUUCCCUGUUCUUCUUUUUUGCCUUCUUAUGAGCUAUGACUCCUCCUGAAUGUAAUAUUCCAUAUGCAGGCCAUUAUGUGAAUACUAAUAGAAAUGAAUGGUUAUACAUGUACACUGCCAUGAUUCCGAUCUGUACUCUAUGAGCAAGUAGAGCUGUGCUGAGACGUGGUGAUUUAUGUAUUAGUAAGUCUAUACACUUCUUUUAAAAAAAAAAACAAAAAAAAAAAAAACACACAAUUAAAUUUAAACAGGUGUACUCAUUGCAUUCCAUACCAACUUCUUUCAGUGAGAGAAUGAAAUGUUUGUUUCUUUGUUUUUCAGUCUCUACAAUGACUCGAUUUCCUUAUUUGGUUUCUCAAAUCUAAACAUGUGUCCUGAUAACCCAGCAUUUCCCUUGUAGUACAAUGGCUGUACUCUUCUGUCCUUGAAAAA